CUUCUUUGGAGAGUGCUGAAAAGCGAAAGUCGAUCCGUGAUUAGAGAAGUCUACCAUAAAUGUGAUCUGCUUUUGCCGUGGGACAAGAAAAAGUCCUAAAAACGUGAAAAAUUCUUUCCUGGCCACUCCCUAGUGGACGUGAUAAGUCUCCACCCCCCACCCCACCCUAGGGAAGAGCGGUCGGUGUAUUGGCUUUGCUCGGGUGUGGUCGCCGUGUUUAGCUACCAGAAAUAACAUGGCGUCGAACGAAGAAGGUUCGACGCACACACGUACGAUACAGAAAAGAGCCAAGAAAACUCAAGAUCAGGCUUGUCAGUUUGAUGCUUCUCUUCUUGAAGGUGAGCGAUGUAGCAAAAUUUUCACUGUGUACACGCAGUGUUCCUCGGCCACAGAAGACAAUGGCUUUGUGAUGCGAUGUCUUUAAUUCACAAACUUAAAUCUUUUCUGUCUUUCCCGUUUUUUCAGAGGAAAGAGGCACCUGUGAAGCUUGCAACCAAAUUUCUGGGUAAGGAAAGUUUGAAUUCUUUAAACUUGAAGCGAAUGUGGACGACAGACACGUCUCUGAAGGAACUAGGAACAUUUAUAUUCUUUUGCUCCCCGCGUUGUGUUGUGUGCCGGCGAAAUUUGCCGAUGCAGGGACCUCGAAGAAGCCCUAAGUACUUUCGGACAAUUUAGCUGUUUGUUCAAAGCUACAUUUUGUGCAAAUUCGUCCUACCGAUAUUACCAGACGAAAAAACCAUUUCCAUGUAUUCUUUUCUUCGCAAUUUUCAGCCCCAAUAUUGAGGAUAAUUACUUACGACCAUAGUUUUGGGAUAUUUUACAAACAGGAAACGGGGAAUCCUUCAAAUUCCAUGGGGGAAUUCGAUUCGUUUGUACGCAUCGCAGACUGUUACAGCGAUUUCUUUGUGCUUCCUGACCGUCUAGAGAUUAUAUGUCCUCGGAAGGAAAGAAAUCUGCUUUUUCAAUUUAAAGAUCUGGCCCGCGAAAGCGUAAUCUUUACGCAGCUUUACGUAAUUCUUUGCUUGGUUGAUAUUAGUGCUGCGCAAGUGAGCAUAAUUCUCCUCACGUUUGAAGUUCGAUGAGAAAAAUGUUCAUGAUUUUCGUCUAGAGUAUUUUUUCUGUCUCAGCUACUAUUCUGUUAUAUAGCAACAGAUCUAGAUAAUUUUCCCGUAGGAAAGUAAAAUCAAUCUUACGCGCUCAUCCAAUGUUUUUGAGGUGUAGACACUUCUUGUGGCACCGAAGUUUUUGCAAUUUCUAGCUUUUUUAUUCGCAGAAGGAAGUGGAUUAAAACUUUACUUCUGUCUGAAAAGACGAUCACUUAAGACGCUGUUCGUACCCUAUGUCGCACAGAAUCGACGCAAGUCAUUUUAUUUUUUUUGUUAUAAUAUUUUCCGCAACUUCAAUUCCUUUCGUAUUCCUGAAAGAGGAAGUUGAUUUUUCAUGAACCUGUGACCUGUCUGGGCUGAUAACAGAGAACUUUAUUGUCUUCCAUCAUCACUUGUAUUCUUUUAAGAAAGGCUGUUUGAAAAAAUAAUAGGACGACAGAGGAUAUAUUAUAGAUUAGUGGAACACUGUACUUUGUUGUUGAAAUUUGCUGUUUCUGAACCAAACAGAUUCAGUGAGUACACCUUACGUUCCAGGUAGCUUUCUAAGCUACUUUCCUAGGAAAAAAUUCUUUACCCAAAAUAGCUCUGAGUUUUCUUAACAUUGAAAUCAACCUCUUUUUUUCUGCAGUACACAGUUCACUGUUCCUGAGCUAUAUUUUGAUUUUUUUAGCUUAAAUACCACACCCCAAAGUUUUAAAUGUUUGCACUCCACCCUGCAGAGGAAAUUACAGUUGUCUUCAUGUAAUGGCAUCGAAAUAUCAGAUAGAAUGAGUUUUUUAUUGUGUAAAAGUCCUUCUAAAUUUAGCUUGAAAGUGUUUGGUUUGAAAAACAGUGCAUUUUGAUUCAGGAUUAUAAUACUUAUUUGUGAUGUACAUAAAGCAAGGCUGGUCACGUAUGUUAAACAAAAUCGCUGUGGCUAUAUGGCCGGUAACCGGUCGAGGUUUUCAAAACACUAAAUGACUGGCAGUCUUAUAUUCUCAGUAAAUUUCACAAAAUCGAAAAAUCCCAGAUAAUCUAAAUUAUCAUAUGUCGAUUAAGAAAAGUCAAGCAAUCCUGAAACGCUUUAUAGGUCUCAAGUAUAGCGUUUGGUUUACGCUGGGCUCAGAAGACGAAACCAUGUUUUGUGACACUUAGAACUUUUUUCAGCUCGACUGCCGGUCAAAGUUUUCAAAACACUAAAUGACCGGCAGUCCUAUAUUCUCAGUACGCUUUGCUUGACUUUUCUUAAUCGACAUAUGAUAGUUUGGUUUAGCUGGAUUAUUUCGAUUUGUGAAAUUUACGGAGAAUAUAGGACUGAGGGUCAUUUAGUGUUUUGAAAACCUUAACCAGCAUUCAUGCUGAAAAAAGUUCUAAGUGUCACAAAACAAUAUAUUGGUUUCGUCUUCUGAGCCUAGCGUAAACCAAUCGCUAUACUUGAGAUCUAUAAAGCAUUUCAGGAUCGCUUGACUUUCCUUAAUCAACAUAUGAUAAUUUAGAUUAGCUGGGAUUUUUCGAUGUUGUGAAAUUUACUCACUGAGAAUAUAGCACUGCGGGUCAUUUAGUGUUUUGAAAACCUUAGCUUGACUGGCAGUCGAGCUGAAAACAGUUCUAAGUGUCACAAAACAUGGUUUCGUCUUCUGAGCCCAGCUUAACUUAAACACUAUACUUGAGAUCUAUAAAGCAUUUCAGGAUCGCUUGACUUUUCUUAAUCGACAUAUGAUAAUUUAGAUUAGCUGGGAUUUUUCGAUGUUGUGAAAUUUACUGAGAAUAUAGCACUGCUGGUCAUUUAGUGUUUUGAAAACCUUGACCGGCAGUCGAGCUGAAAAAAGUUCUAAGUGUCACAAAACACGGUUUUGUCUUCUGAGCCCAGCGUAAACCAAACACUAGACUUGAGAUCUAUAAAGCAUUUCAGGAUCGCUUGACCUGUCUUAAUCAACAUAUGAUAGUUUAGAUUAGCUAGAAUUUUUCGAUUUUGUGAAAUUUACUGAUAAUAUAUGACUGCUGGCCAUUUAGUGUUUUGAAAACCUUGCCCAGUUACUGGCCAUAUAGCCACAGCGAACAAAAUAUGCCUGUGACGUGAAGCCUUUUGCAUAGUUGAAGUAUUAGGAGAAGUUUCCAUAUGAAUUUUUAUUUGUGCACCAAAGCCGAGAAUCUGUCACCUGGACAACCAAAGUAUUUAUCCAGAUGUGUAGUUUUUUUUGGCACCACCACAUUUGUGUACCACAGAGGCUGGUCAACCCACAUUAAUUGUGGCUGCAUACAGCCAAGUUUGUGAGAAAUGUGUUGGCAAAUAACUCAAGUUUUGGAUUCUGUUUAAUCUUCUAUGACAUCAGAAUUUGUUGACUUAAUUUGCUGUUCAAAGUUACCAUCCAUCCAAUCAAGGAACUGGGUCAAGAUGUGUUACAUUUGAGGUUACCAUCUUUUAUUUUCUCGUGACCUGAAUGUCUUAUUAACCAGAGAUGCACACUAAUGUACAGUGUAUGGUACGUUUUUUUCUUGAUUAAAUGCUGGGUCUUAUUUUGUGGUUCCAGAAAAUGUGCAUACCACCCAAUGGAAGGGAUAGGAUUUCCCAGGGGCAAGGGAGGGGGGGGGGUCAAUUAGCCUAAUUUCCCAGUGGGAAGGGGGGUGCACCGUAGGGAAAUAUUUCCAGAGGGAUCUUGUGACGCGUAAGAGAGUAACAACAACAAAAAAUUACCACGACAAUUUAUUUGCAAAGGUGUUAAACACGACAAGAGUUAAAGACAAGGUUGUCAAAAGUAGCCGGCUUCCGGCAAAAAUCACCACCUAUCUGCUGGCCACUCUGCUUGGCAUCUUUACGGAUGGCCUUUUUUUAAAUGAAAUAUCCCUGGACUGGCCGCUUACUUUGACAACUCAGCCGUCUACUUCAAGACUUUCUGACAAUCCUGUAAAGAGCUACUAAACAUAAGGAUUAAUGAUUGUAGCAAAGAUAUUUGUCAGUCCCUUGGCGUGAUCUCUCAUGCGAUAACGUUCCUUACAGUUUGCCAUCUUUGAACGAAUAGCUGUUCGAGUGGAUUUGGUAUCCGUUUGAAUGGUUGGGGAUAUCCGUUCAAAAAAAAAAUUGUCAUCCAUUUGAAUGGCUUGGGCUUUGUGUUCAAAAAAAAUACUCACACUGCCUUGCUGUGGGACGAGGUCCUGAUCUCUUUGUUUAUACUUCUUCAAGUGUUGCUUUCUUCUUUAUGCAGUGAGAGAAAAGUACGGUUAUAUUUCCCAGGCAACCUUGCAUUUCAGUUGCGUGUGGCUAACAACUUGUUGAACAAUUUGUUCGUGACUUGAGCAAAUAAGGAGUUUGCUUAUCUGUCGUAGAAUUCAACAGAAAUACAUGAAACUCACAAGAUUAAUUUUGUUCGUGACUUGAGCGCAUGAGGAGUUCGCAUAAGGAAUUUGCUGAUCUGUUAUAGAAUUUUACAGAAAAUACCAGUACAUGAAGCUCACAAACGUUGGCACCCUAGUGAUCAAAACUAUACUUAUUUGUUCAGAGAUAGCAAUAAUUCCAGGGGGUGUGCGACAAUUUUGGAAAUUCCCCAGGGGACAGGGGUUAAAUUUUAGGGGCUGAUUUUGGCUGAUUUUUUACCAGCCCUUCUGUGGGGGUGGUAUGGAUAUUUUCUGGAAUGACACAUUUGUACAAAAGAGGAAGUUGUAAAGAAGUCUUUCAAGCAUAUGUUAUGGCAAGCUUACAAUGUAAGGGCAAGUUACACAGCUGUCAAGGAAAAGGAUUACAACCCUUUCUUAAAAACACAGCACAGCUUACAAAACUGCACAUUCAAUGAAAUGCUGGGUCCAUCAAGCCAAUUUUGAAAUAAAUGCUGGAUAGUAAUGAGAAAAUAAUUAUGAUAAUAAGAACAACAUAGAUAUGGGUGACUGUUAGGGAACACAGUGUAGGGCAGGGCUAAUGUUAAGAACCCGGGGCCACGGAUUUCCCCCGGCUUGUAUGAAUGUGGUCCUCAGCUACUUUCAUUGGAAAACAGAAGAAAAAUGGAACCAAAAGAAAUCCGUAGCUGUUUGAUACCCGGCCUACUUGUUGUAUUUACCUGGCAACUUGAAAUCUUAGUGACAACCCUGAUGGGGACAGACACUAUUGUGAAUGCAUGUUGGGCUUUAUGUGCAAAUGUACUAGUGAGGCUUUUUUAAUAAUGUAACCUUAGUUGACCAAAUGUAUGGUUGCGAUCUGUUGCUCAAUCUUGAUGGACUUACAUGUGCUGUCACAUGGGCUAUGCAGAAGAAAAGAUUUCUCAUUUUGUCCAUGCUCUAAGUGACAACAUAUACUCUUGCCAUGGAAAUUAAGAGUAACUGAUUUGUGGUGUGGAGGUUUUUGAUAAGUCAACCAUUGAGAAAACAACUGUUUUAAAUUAGUUUUUCGUCCUGAAUAUGCGUCAGUGAUGAAUCACUGCAUAUGUUUGUCUUUGCACAUGUUGAGUUGGAAGCUUUUUGGAAAGUGUUUUCCCUUUAAUGUGGGUGUUUUUUAGACGUGUGAGAAAAUUUAACUUCUUGUCGUUAUUUUCCAUGCAAAGAAAGUAGUGUCCGAUAGCCCAGGGCUAGUGGAUUUUGCUAACGGGCUGGUGAUUUCUGUUCUUACAUUUAACUUGCUGGAUGGGCAAAUGAGGUGUUUUGGGGGAAUUCAAAUUACAGAAGAACUUUAACCAAUGCUCAUCAGACAUUUUUUGGGGGGUAGUUGAAAUGACUUUUGGGCUAGUGUGUGCUAGCUACAGCUUGCCUGAAUGGCAAGCUGUAAGACUCAGUUUCUUUGCACCCUGUUCAACCUGUUAUAGUAGCUAAUUAUAAGGUGAUUUUCACAGUCAAGUGGUUUUGUUCUGGUUCUUCAUGUUUCAGUUUCUGAGAUAGAUUCCUUACAAAGUUCUGUUUUCUGUUCUGUCUUCAUCUUCUUUUACUUUUAUUUUCUAUUGCUUACUAUUUUUCUGAUGAUGGUGAUUAUUAUAACAUGAUUUAGAUUCUGUUUUUGCUAUACCCGUAUUCUUGCAACUAUUGUAAGUUGACACUCUAAGAAAAUUUUAUUUUAUUUUCAGUUCUGCAAAUUGUCUUUCUCAACCUCAUGUGAUACAGGUUUGUAUUUUUAUUGGUUUUGUUGUAAUUCUACAAUGUGCAUGUGUGUGAAGUCAGAGCUGAGAUUUCAUAAUCAAUCAUUACAAAUACUUGGAUUGACUCGACCCUCGAUACAUUAUGGAACUGAGCUUGGAGGAGUGGAAAUGUAUACCUGCUGCCCAGAAUUUAUGACAACCUUGCACAUGGUGAUAAAUAAUGGUAACUGAACUGAUUGGAGUGCAGUUUGGUCUGAAAUCAUACGAGUGAUUUCAAAAUCAGUUCAAUUUGAAAUCACAAGUAUGAUUUCAGACCAAAAUUGCACAACAUGAAGUUCAAUAUUUGCCACUUUAUUACAGCGAUUUUGAAAUGGCAGAAUUCAGUCAGUACCAAUACUUAAUUGAUCAAGUAGCCGGUUUGUUGAAAAGCAGAAACAAAAAGCCUUUUACAUCUCAUUUUGUGUUCGAAACAGAAAUGAUGUGAUAUAGAGCAAAAAUGGUGCAAUUUAAAACAGAAAUGAUCUGAUUUAGAACAUGAAUGGCGCAAUUUAGAAUAGAUGUGAUUUAGAGCAAAAAGUAGUGUGAUUUGUGAAUUAAUCAGAUUGCAGGGAUCAUCAGUGAUUUCAAAAAUGGAUAUAAUAAAUUCCUUAAUUCUCAUCAUAUUUGUCUGGUUAGGCAGUGAUGUCCUAAGGAGAAAUUAUAUGCAGGUCACUGUUGGGGUUUUAAAGGAUUAACACAUACAUUUAACAUGGGUGUUAAAUUGGGAUAUGGCACUCAGUGAUGUUACUCUGAAUUCUCCCUUUGAUUUGCAAAGCAAACCCAAGGAAAAGUUUUUUGUAGAGUUUGGUAUUCGUUCUUAGGCUAAAAUUUAACCCAAGUGCUUGGUGGCCAGUUGGGCCCCUUAAAGUAAAAUACUGCUAUGCAUAAAGAACUGCUAUAAAGAACUGCCAUAGUUUAGGAGGGGUUCAAUUUACGGAGUAAACAAGUAAAAUGUUUUCCUUUUUUAUCACAGCUUGAUCCAGAUGGGCACAUUGAACGAACUACAGUUAUUCGAGUUGUUACGACAGAUGAUGAUGAAUAUAAGGUGGGUUAACCCCGUCAGCCCUAAUAUCCACAUGCAAAUUCUCCAGACUAAUCACCAUACAUUUCCUUGAAGAAUUCUAAAGUUGGGAGAAUUUUUUUAAAUGAUCAAACCAUUUGUCAUUUAGGGAUGAUGUAAUAAAUUAUCUCGAUUAUCUAUUGAAACUGUUAGAAGAAAAUCUAUUGAUGUUGGUCACUUUUGAAACUUAAAGUUUUCAGUUAUGACCCACAAUAGUCAAAUCUGCGAAGUGCUGUCAGAGUGGGGCCUAUAGGUUUUCAUAGGUCAUCAGCCAUUUAAGGUGUGAAAAAAAGGUACAGAAGGGUGAUUCACUUUAAAUUGAUCUUUCAGUCUGUUGACUUUUGUCAGGUUCGAGAGGCGUCUCCCAGUAGAUAUGGAGGACGCUGUAACGGCACAGACAACCCACCCACAGUUAUCGUCUCUCCAGGAGAUCACCUAAAAGAAGAAUACAUGAUGGAAGAUGAAGAUUAUGAGCACAGAACACACUCACCUCCUGCUGUACUCUUUGAUGAGUAAGUAGAAUAAAUAGAGGAUAUUACAUGGCCGCGCAGGAAUACGAAUUUAUCUUCGAGUGCUGAAAGUAUCUCUCACAAGUGAGCGAAGUUAUAAAGUUAUAAAGGAGAAAUAAAGACAAUAAUACUUAUAUUUUCUGUUCCAAAAUGUCUAAAUUCUAAUGAAAAAGAGAAAAAUUCUUUAACAGCAAAAGCAUAUGUUAGUAACCUUGGCGACACAAAUAUCCUCACACGUGAGAGAUAAAGAUAGUAUCUUCACUGUGCGUGAUGAGGAUAUGAUUUUUUAGUAAAAGGAAAAAUCCUGGUUUUUCAUCAGUAUCUAUAUAAUAAAGUUAACUUAAUCACAGGAAGAAAAAACAACGAACGGGUUGAUGGAUGACAACUUACUACCCAAAAUUAAUUUUCUUUCCUUUUUGGUACCAUGUUGUUGCUUGGAGGAUGUGGUGCAGUGAUUGUGUGAGAACUGCACUCUUUUGAGUAAAUAUGGUAUUGAACCAGAAGCAUUUGAUUUCCCUGUUUCUGACUGGCCAUUUAUUCAUCCCAAGUUCCGGGCCUUAUCUCUUAAUAAGCUAAACUGCUGACACUGUAUACUGCCAAAAUCUAAAGAAGUUUAUAUCUUCUAGUUUGUUCAUGUGUAGAAAAAAAAAUGCACUUUUUAUUUGAGUGUUAAUGUAUUUAGCACGAAAGUGCUAAUUGGGGACACUAUUUUUACGUCUCCUAAUGGAGACAGGACCACCAUUUUAUGUGGUCAUCCGAGCCACGCGAAGGUCUCGCCGCUUGCAGUGCAAAGGAAGUACCUUCAUUUCUCAGUCAUUUUAAGACCCUGAGUAAUGGUCCGGCCCCGGGAAUCGAACCCGCGACCUCCCGCUCUGCAGUCAAACGCUCUACCGACUGAGCUAAUCCUGCCACGGUCAUACAAAUACAAAUUGACCUGCGUGUGCUGGUCACAACACUUUCAAAUGCAUCAAGGUUGCAGUUACAGAAAGGUUUUGGUAAAAUUGCUGUGGUGUUCUUGUUUUAGGAGUGAGCCAACUGUCAGCACUGGAAGAGAAAGUAGAAAAACUGAGUAAGUAUCUAACAACCAUUAAAAACCCUGACCCAGGGCUUAUUAAAGGUCAGUUUACACAUGCAAUUGUCUCUGCAACUUUCUUUGCAAUUUUUAGUGCAUUUUUGUCAUGUUUAAGCUCACAAUUUAUUGGAAUUUCUUAAGCAAUAGAUUAUUCACUGCAUCUGCUUUUGACUGGUCAUAAAUACAUUUUUGUUUUUGUAAAGUGCACUCUGGAAUUCAAACAAUAGAAAAAUUCAUUGCAAGUGCUUUAUUUAGAUGUGGUUCAUUACUGUGUUAUAAGAAGUGUGUACAUGAGGUUGGAAUAUUAUAAUAUUGUUGUUCUUGGUAUCUGCUGCACAAACGCCUACUGGUAAAUUCAAAAGUUUGCAAGAGACACAAGUGACCUAUAAUUGUAUGACCUUGCAUUCUUAGAACCAAAAGCAGCUGGUGGCCUGCAAAUAUUAGGAUUUGUCUCAUUUUAAAGAAGAGUUAUAAUGUUAUUCUAUUAUCAAAUGCAUGGUUCUAGUGAUGGGUUUUGCUCUUUUCCAGAAAAACGGAUCAUAUGAAAAGAAGAAGGAUUCACAAAUGUGAUUAUGAAGGCUGUUCUAAAGUUUACACCAAAAGCUCACAUCUUAAAGCGCACAGGCGUACCCACACAGGAGAAAAACCAUACAAGUGCUCCUGGGAGGGCUGUUCAUGGCGAUUUGCACGCUCUGAUGAACUCACUAGACACUACAGAAAACAUACUGGUGCAAAACCUUUUAAAUGCUCGCACUGUGACAGAUGCUUUUCGAGGUCGGAUCAUCUGUCACUUCACAUGAAGCGGCACUGA